AUGUCCUUGGUUCCUACGCUUGGUGUGUUGCUCGUGGGUGACCUGUGUUCAGUAGCGCUAUACGGCCUUACCACUCUCCAAACCUACCUCUACUUCAACAGCAGCUGGAUCACAGACACGUGGAAGCUGAAGUCGUUCGUUUUCUUCAUCUGGCUACUUGAGACGGUUCAUACGUUUCUCAUUUGCGCUUACAUUUUUCGCGCUUUGGUUCUUGAACAAUGCAAUCCGAGCUCUCAACUACUGACUCGAGUAUCCGAUGAUGUUACAACACUCAUUACCCAGACGGUUAUCAUCUUCUCUAUCCACUUGUUCUAUAUACGGCGCCUCUUCAUUCUUUCCGAGAGAAUGAAUCGGCGGUUUCACCUACUGAUCAUCGGUGGCAUAACGCUCCUCGCAUCGUGUCAUUUUGUAUUGGGGAUAGUCGUCAUGGUACUUGAGUUUAAGUAUCCCAAGUUCUCGGAGUUCCACAGAAUCAUGGACUACUAUGCGGCAUCGCUCGCUGUUGCCGCGGCAUGUGAUGUGACCAUCGCUGUGUUCAUAUGGCUCAUUCUCAAGAGUCGCCAGUCUUCGAUGAAAAACACGAACACUCUGCAAUGCCUAACAAUCUAGUUUACCUCGCGCUCUACAACACGAUAAACAACCUGUAUGCAAACUCUCUCCUCGCCAUGAUCAACGUCCGCGAAGCCCUCUCAAGAAUACCUGUCGGCGUCAGGACAAGC